UGUCUGCUGGCGGGUAUGAGUGACAUAUUCGUCUGGAAAAAAUAUGUUCCUGUUUCCUCUCCGUUCAUUCAGGUGACAAUGCAGACAGGUGUGACCACGACCUAAACUGGACCGUAACUGCGUCCGAAAGGGAAACAAAGAUGUCAUCCUGACUGAUGUCCAGCUGUUUUGGGGACAAAACUGAAGAGCUUUGGUCCCGUUCCUUGGUGGGUCUGAGGCUUUAAAUGUGUAAUGGACGAGAUCUGGCGGAGAAGAAAGGCUGAGCUGGGGUCAGUCUCUCUUCUUCCAGCCCUGCUGUUAUUUCUCGUCUGCAUCAGGCCUUCGUCAGCUAAUGAUCAUGCUCAAAUGGCUGAAAAGAGCGUCAGCAGCUGUGAUCAGAGCCAACAUGCUUCCAGGCCUCUGUCUGCUCCAUACGCUUCUCGGAUUGGUACCCACAGUAUCACUGUGAGCUGGACGCCUCUGAACUGCACUGAUGUGCUCUACAUUCCCCAGUGGACUGGACCCAGUCAGGAUGGAGUGUGGACAGAAAAAGAGAACGUCACAGAACCGACAUACACAGUGGAGAACCUGCAGCCAUUUUCACUGUACAAGUUCAGGACCUGGUCUGUAAUAUCGGAGACAUACGCCUGUUCUCCAGAGAGCCCCCUGUACAAAACCGAGCCGUUUGGAGUCCCCUCCAGUCCUGUUAUUGAGAGAGCGGAAAGUACCUCUGGAGAGAGUGUGGAGGUCAGCUGGUCCGCUCCAGAGAGUCCAGGAGGAAUCAUUGUGGGUUACAACCUCAAUCUCACAGCUCAGGCACACGUCAUCACUGUAACCACAGGGGGCGACGUCUUCUGCACCUUGUUCUACCCAACACUGCACAACACCACAUACAGAUUUUCCAUAGCUGCUGUGAACCGUGAAGGUCAGGGAGCAGCGGCCAAAGCUUUUGUGACAACACCAGCUCGACUGGAGCAGAGCGGAGGCCACUGGGUUUUUGCGUCCAGGCUGAAUUCCCUGAGGAGACGUGAGGAGAAAGCAGAUUUUUUCACUGCAGCGGACUGCCUCUCUGACCAACUGAUAAAGAGAAACAUUACAGGGGUGGCUGUAUAUCAGGCCUCCAAUCUGGUCUAUUUCUCAGAGGGAAAUCAAAUUUGGGAAAAAGGGGCAGGGAAUCUUACUGACAUCUCUGACCUCAGGCUGAUCCACUCAGCCCAAGCUGAGGUCACUGCUCUGUCUGUAGACUGGCUCUACAGGAAACUCUACUACAUCUCCAACAGCAAGGUCUACAUCUGUAAACUGGACGACUGCUCCUCUGCGGUGGACUUUAACCUCUCCUUAGCCAGCACUCCUAAAACACUCACUGCAGAUCCAUAUAAUGGGUGGCUCUUCUUGCUUUUGCAGGAUGGAAUUCACCGCGUUUCUCUUCCUGAAGAUUUCAGCCACACAGGUAACCUCAUUCAUGUGGUCAAGAUGGACUCUGUGAGUGACUUUGUGGUCAGUUACCCCAAUAGGAGGCUGGUUUUCUACAACAGAACUGACCGCACACUCUCCGCUGUGUCUCUGGAUGGCUCGAUGCCCGUCACUCUGUAUUCUGAAAUUGACCACAAUGCCCAGAGUCUGGCCUAUGAGGACGGCCUCCUGGUGCUGACAGAUGGAAAGAAGGUGUACAAAGAGGUGCGGAAGGGUCAGGUGGCUGUUUUCAUUGAGUUAUCUAUGGACUGUAAUAUCCUUGAGUCCAGUUACGGAGGCUUUGGAAACCUCUGCUUCUCUGGCCCUUCCUCACAGCCCUGUCCACUGCCCAGGAGACCCAGAGCCCUGCAGGUUCUGUUCGGAUCAGAUAAAGCCGCCGUCCGCUGGACAAAACCGGAAAUAGCAAAUGCGUCAAGCCCGUCGGCUUGGCAAAACUGGACGUACUCUGUGAGGUGGUCAGUAAAUGGAUCAGUGUUUAAGGACAUCACCAACAUCACAGCCACACACACCACAGUUCCAGAUCUGCAGAGCAAUCAGAGUUAUUUCAUCACUGUAUGGGCCAGUUCUCCAGGGGGUCACUCACACUCUGUGGGGUUUGAGGGGACCACUCUUCAGCCAGUGGACGAUGCUCCGUUCAUAGCCGCAGCCUCUGAUAAAGGCCUUUCGAGGCAAGAGAUGGACAGUUUCAGCUUCCUUCAGUCUCUGGCUUCUACUGUGAAAGACGUGAAAGAUAUGGACUGGUACAAUGGCACAAUCUACUGGACGGACAGUUCAGGACACAUUAGCUGGAUGGAGCUGGAUGACCUCUCUUCUGGUCCUGAAGUAUUUAUAGUGCCUCAGACCAUGAAGGCUGAUGCUGUAGCCUUUGACUGGCUGGGAGAGUAUUUAUACUGGAGCUGCAACACAAACAUGAUAUGCAGAGGAGCUAAGUCUGGCCAGGAGGCUGAAGUAUUUCUGAUUACAAGCAGGAAAUUGAAAGCCUGCUCAUAGAUUCACCCAAUGCUGCCAUCUCCUGGAGCACUGAGACCACUGUGGAGGUGUGUAGGCUCGACGGGGAGGGACGAAUACUCCUCAGAGAGCUGAGCAUCUUCUCUGGAAGAAAGAUUGCUGGAGUCACUGCAGAUUUAACUGAGAGGGUUCUGUACUGGCUGGAACAGGACGGCUCAUUCUUACACCUUUGCAGAGCAGACAUCAGCAGUGAGGGAUCACAGAACUCCAGACUGACGGUGUAUCUGAAAUGGAGCUCAUCUGAGGUGUUGAAUCAGCAGCUGGCCUACUACAGCGAACGGCUCGUGUGGCUGGGGGAUGAUGGGAAACUGAGAAUUCAAGAAGUGAAUCAAAACCAGACUGUGCUCAUGUCUCCAAACAACACCGUGACAGCUUUCACUCUUCUGCAGCCAACGCUCAAACCCCUUCCAGGUGGAUUUGUGUCUCCUCCUGUGGUGAUCCCACCUGCAGUUUUAAAAACAUCUAUCCGCCUGGAAGGGAACGAAUCAGAGUUUACGAUCCUGUGGGAGCCCAGCAGCACCGAGUUUGGCACUGUGUUCUACUGUGUCGUCUCUAAUGACCUACAGCUGUAUAAUACACUAACGGCAAAUAUGAAUUUAUUUAUUUUUAUAACACUUAAACUGUAGGUUUAUUUUCAUAUAUUAAUCUUA